AACACUCCCUAUACUUCUUCUAUACACACACAUACACAAACACUCCCUCUCUCUCUCUCUCUCUCUCUCUCUCUAAAAACUAAGCUCUUUUUUCAAUAUAAUAAUAUACAUAUAUAUAAAUGGACACGGUUCAAAUAGAGAAGCUUCUUGCGAUGAAGAGAUAUGCAAAGAAGCAGCUCCUCAUCUCAAACUUAGUCCAAUACUCUCUCCAAGCUUCUGUGCUCGGCUUGUUCCUCUCAAGCCCUAGUUGGCUUCCCAGGCUCUACUGCACCGCAAAGCUCCUCCUCUCGGCGACCAUGGGCCCCAAAUGCCUGUUCAUACUCUCCAACAUCAUCAUCAUAUUCCUCGUCGGCGAGUCGAAGAUAUCGCGGCCCCCCCCGGAACGCGACGCCUACGAGGACUGCGCGGCGAGGAGUCCGGGCAUUCGAGGCGGCGUCGAGAGCGACGCAGUCGAUGAUCAGAGGGAGGAGAGUGCGGUGGAGGACCAUCCUGUUGAAGAGUGUAGAGAGAGGGAUAUUGUAGAAGUUGUUGAAGAGGAGAAAGUGGUGGUGGUGGUGGAUGAGGAGAGAGAGAAAGGUGGUAGAGAGAGAGAAAGUGAGGAGGUGGAUGGAGAGGAGGAGGAGGAGGAGAGAGGUUUACCUGCAGAAGAACUGAAGAGAAGAGUGGAGGAUUUUAUUGCAAAAGUGAACAUGCAGAGGAGAUUAGAAGCUAUGAUGAUUAUUCGCUACGAAUAAUAAGCGCGCGCGGGAGUGGUGUGAACGUUACAGAGAAAAAAUAAUACUUAUGCAAGAGAUAUAAAGAUAGGUAUAUGUA